GCAACGUAUCGACAAGCGACGCAGAGUAUUAUAAUCAAACGUUAGUCGACAACGGAGUGCCCGACCGUUGAUCGUUUCGCUCUUCGUCGAAGAAUAAACACGUUAAGCUCGAUAAAAUCUGGAGGAUCGAGGCUCGAGUGUUCGACAUGCAGCGAAAGCGUCGUUAACAGAGAAUCUCUCGACGGCCAAAGUGACGUGUUAUCGCUCGCAGAAGAUGCUACUGUCCGUUGUGACGUUGAUAACAAAUUGAUCGAGUCGUGGACACUCGAGGGCAGGUCCCUCUCGGUCGAGUAGUAAUCGCGUGAAUUAUGUAAUGGCCUCGAAAUAACGUGGAACAAUUUGCCAAGGAACAUCCUAUUUUCGCGGUCGUUUCUAUUUCGAACGUGUUUCGAUACGCUGAAAGCAGAGAAACCGUGCCGCGUCCAGCGUCGUCGGGUCAAGUGCCGCUAGCAGCGAUAAAUAAUUACAACUGCCGGACGGUGACGCUGGAAAUUCGAACGAUCGAAUGUGCCAACUGAUUCGGGACAGGCAAAAUUAUCGAUCCGACUACUCGCGUGCUUGUCCGCGUUAACGUUUCCCAUCUUAACGCCAAAAGCUAAACUCGCCUAAAGCUACCGAAUGUGUGUUGAAAGCGUGACCUGUGCGCUUGAAAUUUUUGUCUCUCCGAUGAUCGACGUUUGCAACGUUAACGCACCACAGGGCCUUGGGCCUUGGGCCUUGGGUAUUCGCAAUGCUGUCUCGAAGCUAUUCGAAUUAGCUUUUUACUCGACGGCUUCGCAAUGGUACUACAGCCACCGGUGUCGGCCCCUCGCAAGAUACAGCGGUGCGAUCCGGUUCGGAUGAAAGGGUGCAGCGCAGUCAUGGUCUCCCUAUCGAUCCGCGGAGAGAUGGGAAAACGCUACGAGGAGGAAUUUGGCAGAAGAGACUGUGCUCGCAGAGCGUUGUCGUAUAACGGGAGCCCGUCGGUCUGGCAGAGGAGGAGCGUGUCUACAUAUAGAGGUGGCCGCGACUCGCGAAACGAUUCAGUCUCGUCGAAGCCACGCGACGAGAAUUCGACGGUCGAACCGCGUCCUCCCGAUAUCCUCCUGUCGAUCAGAAGUUGAUCCAGAAGCCGAUCUAGACUCCGAUCAUCCGCCGGUGACGCGUGCUCCUCGGUGUGAUCUCUUCUGUCGGUAUCGCGGCGGAUCGCUUCUCUCGCGGACAGGCGAACUCGUUCGAUAAAUCACUGGCCGAUAUGGAGCAAGGUGGCGUCUCGAUAAUAACGCCGACCGGGAUCACGGAAAAUUCUGUAGGGAAAUCGAAGAGCAUCGGGAUCACGUUCAGCUCCAGACCAAGUCUGCAGGCCGCCAAGGAGAAGCUCAAGACCCCUUGGUUGAGCGUCCUGAUGAAGGAAGAUGCCACCCGCUGGGAGAUGUUACUGGCGGCUCUAGCAGAGAUGGUUGGCACCGCGCUGCUGGUGUUUAUAGGAUGCACCGGCUGCAUAGGGAGCCUGGGCGUCUCGCCCAGCGUCCUGCAGCUGUCAUUAACCUUUGGCAUAGCCGUGCUGAUCGCCAUACAGUGCGUGGGACACAUCAGCGGCGCGCACAUCAAUCCCUCUAUCACGAUAGCAGCGAUGAUCCUAGGUACGAAAUCGCUUCCAAUGACAGCAGUGUACAUCUUGUCGCAGUGCAUAGGAUCUCUGGUCGGCUACGGCUUCCUCAGGCUUAUUACUCCAGCGGAGAUGGUCUACUCUACGACACCAGAGUCGGCAGCCUCCUUUUGCGUGACCGACGUCAACGCGAACCUGACGAUCAUACAGGGUUUCGGUGCAGAGGCCUUCGCCACCGGGAUCCUCGUGCUAUUCGCCUGCGGGCUCUGGGAUCAUAGGAACUCCGCGAACUCUGACUCGGUGCCCAUCAGGUUCGGCCUUUGCGUCGCUGUGCUCUGCAUCGUCUUCAUCCCCUAUACCGGAUGCAGCUUGAACCCUGCUAGGACUCUGGGUCCUGCCGUCUGGAACGGCUACUGGAGGGACCACUGGCUCUUCUGGCUGGGACCUUUUACCGGAUCCGUGGUCGCUUCGUCGAUGUACCGGUUUCUUUUCCGGGACAAUAGGCACGAGUUCGAGACCUAAGGAACGAAGCCAGCAAUUGCAUUUCGGUGGUUCACGGUACGCAACUCGGAAUCCUGAUCGAGGUCUCUCCGUCUCCGCCUCUUCCUCUCCUGGAUCUAGAAGCUCGAAACGUAGCUGGCUCUUCGGCGGCGGCGAUCUGGAAGAGAAAUGCGAGGAUAGUCUCCGGAGAAAGUGAAGAUUGCGCCACGAGUGGAGGACUUCUCGGUCAUCGAUCGACCUUGGACGAUUCGUUCGUGUACAAAGUAUUCGAUAAGGGUCUUCGCUCGCUCCAAGCGCCGUCCAACUCUUGCCAACUCCACGUAUGCCUACCAGGCUUCUAGAAUAAGUUGGAGCGACGAAAGUUAUGUAAGAUACGCUGUGGGUCUAGACCUUGGCUGGUUGGCUGGUUUAUAGGCCUAUUAUGUGGGACUAACCCGCGUGCGUUCGGAUCGCCGAUGCCGAAAAGAUGGACGAGAAAUAUUCGCGGGAGACGGUAUUUCAGCGGAACGAAGCGCCGGACCACGAAUUCGCCGCUCGUUAGGGCGGUUGUCCUUUCCGGGAGACAACGGAGCCGAGCGGAACAGGGCAGUGCAGGGCAGAGCAGAGCGGAGCCGGUGCAUUCCGUGUGGAAAUUCGAAAUAACGGAAUUAGUGGCGCGCGUCCCGGAAAUUACCCGCGGCGGUGUCGCUCGCGGAAACUUUUAAUUGUGGCCCGGUUUGUGCUGCGAGCAUGCUCGCCGCUCCAGCUACAUCGACCUCUUGUUCGCAGCGUGCACAGUCGCAGUCGGCGUCCUCCCGAGCGAGUGUCAGAGGUGGCAAGCAGAGAAAUAAAUUUGAUACGUUUUAUCAAGCCUC